AGCGCCGCUAGGGAUCAGGGAGUAGGGAGACUGGGAGAGGGAGCCACCGAGCUAGCCAGGGACAGGGAACCAGAGAGGCUAGGGGAAGGAGGAGACCGGACGGAGAAGGAGAGCCUCCGCCGCCCUCUCUUCCCCGCGGCUGAAGCCCGCCUUCGGACGCCCUUCUUCUCCCCCGCCGGCAACGCUCGCGUGCCGGCUCCCAACGCCAAGUUCGUCUGCCGCCGCCGACCUCCCGAGGCUUUAAUAUUCUCCUGGCUCUGCUACUGGAUUUGACCAAGUCUGCAUAACAGGCAGGAUGUUUGUUCUGAGCCAGAUUGAGCACAACCUGCCGAUGCCGCCACACUUGCUGAGCCGCCCUCUUGUCGAUGCCAUCAAGACUGAGCUCGAGAGGCUCUUCCUAGAUAAGGUGAUCGCUAAUCUUGGCCUCUGUGUGUCUGUCUAUGACAUCCUUGCUGUCGAAGGUGGAUUCAUCUUUCCAGGAGAGGGCUGCUCGACAUAUAAAGUCUCCUUUAGGUUGUUGAUGUUCAGGCCAUUUAUUGGGGAGGUUCUUGUCGGGAAGAUCAGUGGAUAUGAUGAGAAGGGUUUACAAGUUUCACUUGAUUUUUCCAGCGAUAUAUGCAUUCCGGGACACUUGAUGCAGUAUGGCACAGUGAGGGGGGAAGAUGGUAGGUGGAUGCUGAAGACUGAAGAUGAUGACGAACUUUAUCUUGAUUUAGACGAUGAGAUUCGGUUCUUGGUGGCUAGCAUAAAAUACCCACCUAUUCCAGUCGAGCAAAAGGAGGAUGACAAGCCAUUUGCUCCAAUGCAGAUCAAUGGAAGUAUUAAAGGUGACGGUCUGGGCCUUCUUGCUUGGUGGGCGGCAGAUGAAGAAGAGGAAGAGAAAGAGGAAGAGCAAUAGCUGCAAGUUGCUUCUGGGACCCUGUUUUCGUGUAAUUAGAAAUGCAGCAUGUUAGAAACCUUAGAUGCUGUUAGGAACUGCAGCCUUGGUGUUGAUCUGCUGCUGCGGCUUGUAAACGCUGACAUUGACGGGAUAACACUAGCACCAAAGAACAUGAAAGGAAAUUGUCAGGCUCGAAUUUCAUUAAA